AUGAGCGAGAACAGCAACUUUCCACGGUCCGCCGCAGAUCGCUGCGAGCCGCAUUCCUCGGGCUCGCAGCCCGCCGCCCUGGCCUGCAGCGAUGGGGAUGAGCGGCUCAGCCAGCCGCCGGAGCCUGCCAGCGGGACAGCCAGCCCCCGGGAUGAUGCUGAGCCCUCCCGAGGAGCAGAGGCGGAGCGCGGGGGCCAGGGGGAUGAACAUCUGGAAGCGGUGACGGAGCCAGGCCAGAUCGCUGCGAGCCGCAUUCCUCGGGCUCGCAGCCCGCCGCCCUGGCCUGCAGCGAUGGGGAUGAGCGGCUCAGCCAGCCGCCGGAGCCUGCCAGCGGGACAGCCAGCCCCCGGGAUGAUGCUGAGCCCUCCCGAGGAGCAGAGGCGGAGCGCGGGGGCCAGGGGGAUGAACAUCUGGAAGCGCCAGGAGAUACCUCGCGAGGCCCUCAGCAAGGAGCGGUGGCACAGCGUCCUGGGAUCCUCAGAAGCUCUAAGUGCUGACGAGCCGGAGGAGCAGCUCGGGUUUGCUUCUGGAGAUGUCAAGCUGAGCUGCAGUGAGGAUGACAAGGAACAUUUUCAAUUCAAGGACAUCAGGGAUGGGUUCAGCUCGACCUUUGAGAAGAUUGUUGAGUCUGACCUUAUGAAGGGUACAUACUACAGCAGCUUGGACUCUUUGGAUGUCCUCUCUCUCACAGACGAGACGGACAGCUGUGUCAGUUUUGAGGCCCCACUCACUCCAUUGAUCCAGCAAAGGGUCAAGGAAAGCCCAGAGCUCCUGGAGCAGAAACUGGUAUCCCAGCAGAGAGAAGCCCUUCACCACAUGGCUGCUGAUAAGCAAGAGCAGGCAGCAGCAAAGCCAGUGGAGGGGGAUUUUGGGAGCCCUCUCAGGCACUCAAUUACCAGCAGCAGGUCAGAGAAUGUGCUGAGCCGGUUGUCCUUGAAGAGCAUCCCAAAUGGGUUCCACGUGGAAGGGUCAGAGGAAGAUGCCAGCAAGAUCAUUAACUCCAUCAGUGAUGCCAGCUUGAAAGACGCACUGUCAGACUCCGACUCCGACAUGGGCAGCACAGAGCAGCUUGACCAGGGCAGCACGGACACCUUGGCAAACGGCUGCAGGGCGGAUAGCGAGGCUGCUAAGAGGCUCGCCAAGCGCCUCUACAACCUCGAAGGGUUCAAGCGCUGCGAUGUGGCACGUCAGCUUGGCAAAAAUAACGAGUUUAGCAAGUUGGUAGCAGAGGAGUAUCUCAGCUUCUUUGACUUCACUGGCCUGACCCUUGACAAGGCACUCAGGACGUUCUUGAAAGCGUUCCCGCUGAUGGGAGAGACGCAGGAGCGGGAGCGAGUGCUGAUCCAUUUCUCCCGGCGAUACUGCCAGUGUAACCCAGAAGAGAGCACGUCCGAAGAUGGGAUUCAUACGCUCACCUGUGCCCUGAUGCUGCUGAACACAGACCUUCACGGCCAUAAUAUUGGCAAAAAGAUGUCGUGUCAACAGUUCAUAGCAAACCUGGACGGGCUGAAUGAUGGGAAGGACUUUGCAAAGGAUUUGCUGAAGACACUAUAUAACUCCAUCAAGAAUGAGAAGCUGGAAUGGGCCAUUGAUGAGGACGAGUUGAGGAAAUCACUCUCGGAGCUGGUAGAUGACAAAUUCGGAGCCAGUGCGAAGAAAGUGACAAGGAUUGUUGACAGCAGCAACCCCUUCCUGGACAUUCCGCAGGCGCUGAACGCAGUCACCUACAAGCAUGGUGUCCUCACACGCAAAACCCAUGCGGACAUGGAUGGGAAGAGAACUCCCAGAGGAAGAAGAGGUUGGAAGAAAUUUUAUGCUGUGCUUAAAGGGACCAUCCUUUAUUUACAAAAGGAUGAAUAUAAACCUGACAAAGACCUCUCUGAAGUGGAUCUGAAAAACGCCAUCCGUGUGCACCACGCCUUAGCCACGAAAGCCUCUGACUACAGCAAGAAGUCCAAUGUGCUCAAGCUGAAGACAGCUGACUGGAGAGUCUUCCUCUUCCAGGCCCCGUAA